AUGUCGGUACACUAUAAAUUCAAAUCCACUCUGGACUAUGAUACUGUGUCCUUUGAUGGGUUACAUAUUUCUGUAGCAGAUUUAAAAAAGGCUAUUUUUCAUCAAAAGCGUAUAGGAAAGAACACUGAUUUUGAUCUACAAAUAACAAAUGCGCAAACUAAAGAAGAUUAUACAGAUGAUAAUGCAUUGAUUGCAAAAAAUACUAGCCUUAUUGUUGCUAGAGUUCCAUUAACAGUUCAACAAAAACGGUCUUGGGACAGAAAUGAAACACCUUCAUUUAGUAACUUAAAAGAUGAAUCUAAUUUAGGUAGAGCUGUAGAUCUUACAAGACUUGAUGGUUCUGAAGAAGAUAAGAUUCGAGCAAUGAUGACUCAAUCUACACAAGAUUAUGAUCCAUCAAAUUAUAUGAAAAUACGUGGAGCCAAUCAAACUGGUGAUGUACCUGCAAAUUAUCGUUGUUACAAAUGUCAUCAACCUGGACAUUGGAUUAAAAACUGUCCACUUGGAACAAACCAAGAACCUAUAGAAAUUAAAAAGAGUACAGGUAUUCCUAGAAGUUUUAUGGUUCCAGUUGAAGGACCAAGGGUUCCUGGUGCUAUGAUGACACCAACAGGCCAAUAUGCUGUACCAGCUAUUGAUCACCAAGCUUAUAAAGAAGGUAAAAAGGAACGUCCACCAUUUUCACAAGAUCCAGAACCUGCUGCGGAGAAACCAGAGAUUCCAGAGGAUUUAUUAUGCAAUAUUUGCAAAGAUCUUUUGACAGAUGCAGUAAUGAUUCCAUGUUGUGGAAAUUCAUUUUGUGAUGAAUGUAUUCGUACAUUCUUAUUAGAAUCUGAAGAACAUGAAUGUCCAGACUGUAACGAAAAAGACGUUUCGCCAGAAACUCUUAUUCCCAAUCGCUUUUUACGAAGUGCUGUAAUGAAUUUUAAGAAUGAAACUGGAUAUGCUAAAAGACAGACAUAUAGGCAGCCUAUGCAAACAAACAGACAAUCUGCAAUACAGUUAGAACAACAAAAAGCUGAUCAACAGGUUACAAAUCAGACAUCAAACCAAAGUAAAUCUACUCAACCUUCAAGUGUAACAAAUACGCCCACUCAAGAAUAUGCAGAAUCACAAUCUGCAAAUUUUGAACCAACUCAACAGCAAUUUCCAACUAGAACUACACAACCACAAGCAACAACUCUUCCUGAAACAACAUCAGAGUCUGAUUUGCAAAGUGAUUCUGUAACAAAAUUGACAACAGACGAGGAAACAGAAGUUCCACCACCUCCAGGGACAGAACCAUUACUUCCAAUACCUGCAAUUGGUAGCUCACCAGAAAGAGAUAGAGAAAGAAGUGAUCCCCCAAGUCGUGAGAAGAAAGAACGUGAGAAUGAAUAUUCAGGAGAGAGACAAUCAAGAGAACGUAGGCGAAGCUUCAGCAGAGAUGCGCACCGUGACAGAAGUGGAGAACGUGGUCGUAGAAUGGAAAAUUUACGGCCAGUAAAUCGAAGGCGAUCCUUGUCUCCUAGACAUUCACAACAUAGUGACUAUAAUUCUCAAGGAGCACCUUUGCCGCAUUUAAUGAACCCACCUCCAUCAAAAAAUUAUCAAGGAUUACCACCUGAUGAUGGACAUUAUCCACCUAAUAUACAUUAUGAUAGUGCCAUACGUAGAUCAACUGAAGAUCGUCCAGGCACUCCAACAGUUGAUGAACCACAUUUACAUGUGCCUUCUUCUGGUAAUCAGCCACCUCUUUUACCUUUUCCACCAGGAGAAGAUCGUAUACCUCAACCAAGUUAUAAUCAACCUCCACCUAAUGUACCACCACAUAAUCCACCUUUAUUGCCGGAUCCAUAUAUAAGUCAUCGGAUACCUAUGUACCCUCAUCAACAAGGUUCUCAUUAUGGACCUCCAAGAUAUGAGAGACCUCCUUACCAACAACAAGGAUUUAGACCUUCGCAACCACCACGAAAUUAUAGUGGGCCACCGCGGCCAAUUAGGGGAUUACAUCAUCUUAGCUAUAGAGGAUUGCAACCACCACCGCCAGGAUUAAGUAGAAAUAUUCAUAAUGGUAAUCCACCUGGUAUAAUUGAUGAUCCAUUAGAAGCAUUCGAAAGAAUGCUUAGAGAAAAAGAUGAACGAGAUCGUAGACUUGGAAAACACAGAAGAAGAAGUAGGACACGAUCAAGAUCUCGUAGUUAUAGUAGAUCCAGAUCACGUUCAUUUGGUCGUAGAUCACCAUUUCCACCCCGUUUAAGUCGAUCUAGAAGUCCCCCUUUAAAAAGAAGAUCUUCGAGGUCACCUUUACCUCUCAGAGCACGGAGUCGUACUCCAAAACGUAGAUCAAGAAGUGGAAGCUUCUCGAUCAGCAGAUCCAGAUCGUAUUCACGUAGUCAAUCUCCCAGAUUAUCUUUGUCACGAGAUAGGGAUAGGGAUAGAGAAAGAGAAAGAGAAAGAGAAAGAGAGAGAGAAAGGGAAAGGGAAAGGGACCGUGACCGUGACCGUGAUCGAGAUCGAGAUCGAGAACGUGAUCGUGAUCGAGAACGCGAACGUGAACGCGAACGCGAACGUGAACGCGAACGUGAACGUGAUCGUGAUCGUGAUCGUGAUCGUGAUCGUGAACGUGAUAGGGACUUAAUGCCUAGAUAUCGAUCACCAGCCAGAUCACCUCCAAGAUUUCAAAGGGAUCGUGACAGAGAUCGACCAAGAUCACGUGAACCUAGAGAAGGAUAUAAUAGUUAUUAUAAUGAUUCACCUGCUCAUGACUAUCAAUUCAGAGAUCGGGAGAGGGAUUUACCACCUCGAGAUAGACCAAUUCCGAGAUAUUCAGUAAGGAACCAAGCAGCUCAGCAUAAUAUACCACCUCUGCUGCCACAUCUAGUCACUGGAACUCAUCCACCGCCACUUAUGUCAUUGGGACCUCCACCUACGGACAGGAAAGACUAUUAUGAUUCCUACAACAGGUACCCUGGUCCAUCUACACAACGUUUUGGUAGUCCCUUACGAGACGUGCCUCACAAAAGAUUUGAUGAUGUUGCACCUCCUGGAACAGAGGGUUAUUAUGACCUUUCACCACCAGGUGUGGAGCUUACCGAAAGGUCUUUGCGCGACGAUCGUGAUCGACGUUUAUUGAGAGAUCAAGAAGAUCGUGAACAUUCUCUUAAAGAUCACGACACUGAAGAACGGGAUAGAUUACCAUUACGAGAAGAUAGGGGACGCGAACGAGAUGAUCGUAUACGUGAAAGAGAUGAAAGAGAUAGAAGAAUUUUGAAUAGAGAUCGUGAAGAUCGUGAAAGACAAGGAAUACCCAGAGAUCACGAUGACAGACUACGGGAAAAGGAUGAUCGUGAUAGAAGGGAAAAAGAGAAAGAACGAGACGAUAGGCAUACCCGUGAUAGACGAGAAGACGAUAGACAUCUAGACAAGAAAGAUUAUGAUAAAGAUCGUUACAGAGAUGAAAGAGAUCGUCACAGACAAGACGAUAAAAAUCGUCCUCGUGAAAAAGACAGACGCGAACGAGAUUAUGAAUCUGAAAAGGACAGAGAUCGACAUGAACGUUAUGAAAGACGUUCUAUGGAAAGGAAGAAAAAUAGAAAAAGUCCAACACCUUAUUCACAGAAAUCUAGGACGGAUACAAAGGAUGUAUCACCUGAACGUAUAAAGAAGAAAGAUCAUGAAGAAAGGAAUGAAGAAAAGAAGAAGGAAAAGAAGAUUAAAGAAAAGAAAAAGAAGAAAGAUGAUGAGAAAGAAAAGAAAAAGAAAAAGAAAAAAGAAAAGAAAUCAGGUCAGAAAGAGAUUGCAAAAGAUGAAUCUACCAAAUCAACUGAACAUGAAGAAUUGGUAAUAGAAAACAAACAGGAAAGCAUGUCACCCACAAAAACUGAUGUUCUGAAACCUGGUAAUGAAGAUGAAAACAUUGAUAAUAGGAUAGUUUGUAUUCCUGCCGAAAAUACUAUGGAAGACUCAAUUAAAGAAGAAUUCGAGGAUAAAUCUUUAGCCAUGAAUCCAGAGCCUCCAGAAUUCCAUGAAGAUAGUCCAGGAAGAAUUGAUCAUACAGAAUUUGGAACAAAUCCACCUAAUCCAAAUUUCAAGCCAAUUCCAGAAUUAAAGUCUGAAAUCAAACCCAUUGAUAGUCUUUACAGUGGACUAGAUGAUGCAGAAAUAAAUACGGUAAUUACAGAAAAGUAUUCUUUAUUAUCAGAAAAUGAUACAGAAGACAAAACUACUUUAUUAGAAGAAAAGUCUCCAAAGAAAGACGAAUUCUUAGCACCAAUGCCUGAACUUUCUAAAUGGGAAAGAGAUGAUACAACAGAAAAAGCAGAUGAAGUAUGUGAAUCACCUGUAGAGAAAAUACCAAUAGAUGAACCCAAAUCUACAAAAGUAGUUACAUCAGAAGUACUAAAAAGAGCAGAAAAUGCAAUUUUUCAAAAAGCCAUUAAUGCUAUUAGACCUAUUGAGAUUAAGAAAAUAAGUGAAAGUAGAAAAGUACUGUAUCAAAAUCCAGAACCUAAAGUAAGAAACGUAGAAAUUACAGAACCAGUGAAGAAAGCCAAAUUGGACAGAACAAAAUUCAAACCAGUACCAGAAACAUAUUCACCUACGAGACUUUCUGCAAAAGAAAGACUAGGUGAAAAAGUGGAAGAAAAUAAAGAAAGAAAAAUGAGCCCUAUUAAAAGCUUUUUAGAUAGACGUGAAACAAAGGGUGAAAAUCAAUCUAGAAGUCGAUCUCCUAGAAGUAGUAGGGAUAAGAGAAUUUCUCCAUUGUUAGAUAGACGCGUUGAUUCGUCAUUAUCCAUGCCAGGAAACGAACGAAAAGUAUUCCUUGAUGAUAGAAAACGAGAUAAUAAGGAUCGAGGUGACCGUUCGAAAGAUAGAAAUGACUUCAGAAGUGACCGGCAUGACAUAAGAUCAGAAAGAGAUCCAAGGAUCGAUUCUAGAGGGGAUUUCAGGUCAACUCGUAAUGAUUCUAAAGAAAAUAGGAUGGAUAAAGACAGAGAAAAAGAUAGAGAUAGAGAGAGAAGGGAAAGAACACCAUCUUGUACAUUUAAGAGAAAUGAAAUUCCAAAGAUAAGUCUUUUGAAAGGCAGAGAGGAAGAAGAUGAUAGACGUAGGGAUAAGAAAGCAAAAGAAGAUAAGAAAAGAAAGAAAGAGCAUCGAAGUAGAAGUAAAUCCAAAGAACAUAAGAAACGAAAAGAAAAGAAACAUAAAAAAGAUAAAGAUAAAAACUUAGAGAAGAAGCAAAAGCAUAAAGAAAACGUUGCUUUAAAAGAUAAACUCGAAAGUAAUGAAAUUAAAAUAAAUUACGAAAAUCCUGAACCCUCAGCUGCAGAAUCUGUAAAGAAGCAAAGGAAAAACCCAAGGCUUGUGUCUGAUCGUAAGCGUAGUAUGCUUGAUGAAGCUAGUUUCGAACCUGAUUAUAGCGCUUCAGAUUCAGAAUCGGACGGAGAAGAUGGCAAAGUGGUCCCAUUACCUGCUAAAAAGCUCAAACUCGAUGACCACCCAGACAUGGAUAAGGAAAUAGACAUAAAAUCUCUUAAAAAACGAUCAAAAUCUACGAGUAGCGAAGAUUCAUCUAGUAGCUCAGACAGUUCAACUACCGAUUCCGAUAGUUCGGACGAAUCACACAAGAAGAAGAAAAAGAAACAUAAGAAACAUAAGAAGAAGAAAUCUAUGAAGAAAGACAGUAGUUCCGAUUCGGAUUCUUAUUCAGAUUCGUCGGAAACAAGUAGUGACGAAGAAAAACACAAAAAGAAAUCAAAAAAGUCAAAGAGUAAAAAUAAACAAGCAAAGAAAAAGAAAAAAUCAAAGCACAAAUGA